UAAGUCCGGGCAGGGAAGGCGGGGGCCGCCAUUUUGUCCAGUGAGGAGAAGCAGAGCGGGAGCCUGUUUAGGAUCGAGUCGGCUGCAGCGUAGCGCGUGCUCCCUUCUCGCGCCCACCCCGGGAUUCGUGAUGCAUCGUGACUCUUGUCCGCUGGACUGCAAGGUUUAUGUAGGUAACCUUGGAAACAAUGGCAACAAAACUGAAUUGGAACGAGCUUUUGGCUACUAUGGACCACUGCGCAGUGUGUGGGUUGCUAGAAAUCCUCCUGGCUUUGCUUUUGUUGAAUUUGAAGAUCCCCGAGAUGCAGCUGAUGCAGUGAGAGAACUAGAUGGAAGAACGCUCUGCGGGUGCCGUGUCAGAGUGGAGCUGUCUAAUGGUGAAAAACGGAGUCGUAAUCGUGGUCCGCCUCCCUCAUGGGGUAGGCGUCCUCGAGAUGAUUAUCGCAGAAGAAGUCCUCCUCCUCGCCGCAGAUCACCACGAAGGAGAAGCUUUUCUCGUAGCCGCAGCAGGUCCCUCUCUAGAGACAGAAGAAGAGAGAGAUCACUUUCGCGGGAGAGAAAUCACAAGCCUUCCCGUUCCUUUUCCAGGUCUCGUAGUCGUUCCAGGUCAAAUGAGAGAAAAUAGGACUUCAGGAGGAGCUGUGUACAGGAAGUCAUUAGAUCUGAGCACAGGAGGGAGGAGUAUGUACAGAACAUUGUGUUUUGUUGGAGACUUCAUAAAGCUUGGUGCAUUUUUAAAAUGUUUUAGCUGUUGAACUUGCUUUGUUUCUUGUAUCUUGUAACAGGUGACAAAUGUAAAGAUGUGAAUCUGUAUAUGGUUCUGAACAGAUCAUAUGAUUUGUAAUAAAACUUCUUGUUUUACAAUGUACCCGUAUGCUUAACUUUCAUUUGCCUUGAGUGGUGUUCAACUUGUCUUGCAUAGACAAAUAUAUUUCUAGUUUCUCUAUUCUGUCCUGGAAUCUUUUCUGGGUAUCAGAUGUAGAUAACUUUUGAAAGGAAGGUUGCAGUGAAUAUUCAUUGUAAUAAACAUCUGUUACGACAUCAGGCUAUUAGUUUAUCCAGAACACAAGAUGGUGAUUCCUAGUAGUUUUUGGAAAGAAGGCAGAAAUUGCAAACCAGUAGAAAGUCUGAAUUGCAGGUAGUUUUGUACAGAACUUUUGGGGGAGUUCUGUUGAUUUCCUACAUUGGAACUCUGAAGAGCUACAUUAUGUAAAAUGUAUAUUUUUAUCCCUUGAGCCUAGAUAAUUUUUGUACUUAAUGUGAUUAGAGCAUUUUUUUAAAUACGUGAUAGCCUAAAAUGCAAGCUGUUUGGUUAACCAUAUGUUACAGAAUUUCUGAGCAGACCAAAUUACACAACUGGAGUGGAUGGCUUGAGCGCAUAUGGGUACAUUGUAGAAGUGAAAAACAUUACUGUGCAAGAAUUUUCAUGUCACUUGUAAAAUGUUUUGUGAAAUCCUUGGGAUUAAAGUUUUUGGUUACAAAUUUGUUGUAAGCAUUUAACUUUUGAGUCUCUUAACACAUUUCUAUGCAGAACAUUUAAAUCGGGAUGGUUUAGGCACACCUUAGUUCUAAUCUAAUACUGUUUCAAGGUAAAGGGAGUCAAAUUGCAGUUAUUUAAAUUUAAUAUUUGGAAUAAUUAGCUAGUGCUACAUUUCAGUUGUAAAAUGCAAGUCAUUGAGAAGCCCCAUGCUGCUUAGAAAUAGUUAACUGUGCUCAAUGACUUAACAAGGCUGGGUCUAUGAUCCUAUGAUGAUGGCUGGGCAGUCUGUCAGGAUUACUCUUAAAUUCAGUGCUUAGUGUUGUGCUUCUCAGUAAUGAGACGCUUGUUAAAAAACACUUCAUAUAUCUAGGGUGUUGAUUUCCCAUAAUUGAGUUGGCAGCCUGUUUAAUAACCAGAGAUUCAGAAUUUGUCAACCUAGCUUUAUCAUGUAUGUCCAUGAGACUUAAAAUUGCUUGUCUGUAAUCUGAAGUCUUGCAUGGAGGUUUCACCUGGGGUGUAAAAAAUAAUUCAUGGCAUGAUUCAAGUGUAAUUAGAGCGCCAAACUGCAUAAUGCUCCUUUUCUUCCUAUGUCUGGGGGGGAAAUGGUACAUCAUUCUUUGAUUUUUGUGCAUUUAGAUUAAAUCCAUCAUACUUUGAACAAUCUUGUGGUUUAAUUUCCUGAAAUGUCUCUAAAUGAUGCAGCAGUCUUCUUACUUUAAUCUUGAAGUUUUAAUGCAAGGAAUUGUUUAUACUAGUACCAUUCUACUCUGACCUUUUAUUCACAAGAAAAAUACAGCUGUUAGGUGUUAACUCAUUCCAUUUUAUUAUCACAAUAUACAAUUAAUCACUCAUUAGUAGCAGCUUCAGUUCUCAGAGGUUGGCAUCCAUGUCUUACCCAUCUGAUGUAGCAGGGCUUAUUUCUGACUGACAUCAAGUAAAAAAAAUUAGUCCUUGGUAAUUUAGCAAAAAACACUGCUCAUGGUUGCUUUUUUAAUCUUUCUGCAUAAACUGAUAGCACCCUCGAAAAAAGUAGGCAAACCAGUCAGUAGGCAAGUAUUUUCAGUUUGAUUGCUGCAAUCUGGCUAGAACAAAUCUUACACUCCCUUUAAAAACUCCUAAACUGUAUACACAAAUGGGAUAGUCAUGCCUACCUUUGUAGAAUUUCAGUGGUUAUUAAACUACAGUGCUUUUCUGGAUAUGAUUGACUACUUUUUAAAGGUAUUUUUAAUUAUAGGAAAUGAAUUGUUGCAUUGUAAUAAAAGCUGCAUCUGUGCAUGAA